AUGUGGAAUAUGGCGGAACGAAGGCAACAAGACUUCAACAGAAGUGCUUUGACGGUUCGAUGUGGACGGGCAUGGUAUACAGGGCAACGAGCUGAAAAAAUUCCCGGGGGCCUCGUAGGUGUUGUUGGUUACGACUGUACGAGUUUAGAUCUUUCUUACAAUGAACUGACCUCCAUCGCCGCUAUCAAAGACUUCGAAAGACUGCAGGAACUGAUAUUGGACAAUAAUAAACUUAGAGAUCUGAAAACGCUGCCUCAAAUGUCAACACUGACCACUCUUAGCCUAAACAACAACGAGAUAUCUGAUAUAGAUGGUGUAUUGAAGAAAAUACAAGAGUGUUGUCCGAAUGUGAUUUAUGUGAGUCUGCUGGGCAACCCAGGAUGUCCCGACCAACUGACCAAUCCGUCCACGGACGAAGAGGACUAUAAUCGUUACAGGCUCUACGCGAUACACAUGUUACCUCCAAGUCUUCAGUUUCUCGAUUCCCGGUCAGUGACACGACAAGAAAAAAUCAAUGCUGAGAUCCGUGGCAGAUAUUCAAGAACCGUGAAACUAGUCUCGGAGGUGUCAUCGAAAUUCAUUUCGAAUCCGAUCGACGAAUUUGACGAUAUUUUCUUCAAUAUCCACUACACUCCUUUGCCAACGUCGAUUCGGGACCCCCACGAUCAUAAAGGAGCCUUUGGAAAAUGUAAAUACCGAUAUUCUGGGAAGAAUUCUGAAGGGAAUCGAUUUAUCUCAAACAAUGAUCUUUGAAUACAGACUGAGUGAGCCAAGGUUCUUUGCAGAAUCUUUUUCGUUUUAUUCCUUGGAACUCCA